GAAUUCUUUAUAUCUUACAUCCAUUUUGAAUAUUUGUAAUGUUGACAAGGUUAUGUUUAUUAUGCAAGUCUUAAAUAUGCACGCGUGCAUUUAAAAUUAAUAUUCAAACAAAAGAAGUAAAAAAUAUAACUUCGAGGAGUAACUAAUUUUUAUAUAUCAAAAUAUUAUUUCAAAAUGAAAGAACACACACCAACAGGUAGUUUACAUUGUUAUUGGAGUAAACUGAUAAAUCAUCCUCAGUGUAUACAUGGUCCAUCACUAAUGUUUGGACGAGAAACAGAUGGUAAUUUAUAUAAGUUUUAUGCUUGUUCAGCAUGCAGAGAUAGAAAACUAUGUUCAUUCUCUUUGGAGUAUGGAAAAAUACAAAGCAAACAACAAAAACAAAUCAUAAUAAAAGAGAAAGCAAAAGCAUUAGCAAUGUACCCUCAACAGAAACUUUUCAUCCAAUAUAAUCAGUUAAUAAAUAUGAGCAGUACAAACAGAGCAUAUUGUUAUACAUGUGAAAGAUUGUUCAUAAUCACUGAAAAUAACAAACAUGCUGAUCACGAAGUUAUAAAAAAUUUGACAGAUUAUCAGAUGACACAUCCAUCUGAGCUAUUAAAACCUUUAGAAGAUUCUAAGAAAGAAGCUCAGUAUUUAUUUUCCAAAAAAUCUGUUUUAGACAUAAUUAAAAUAUUAUUAGACUUGAAUGCUGAAAAUGUAUUGUGUAUUGGAACACCAAGGAUACAUGAGUAUAUUGCUCACAACCUUCAAGGCAAAAUGUCUAGUCUUUUAUUAGAUUUUGAUGGCAGAUUUCAUAACUUUUUUGGACCUCUAACUUACUGUUGGUAUAACUUAUUUAAUCAUCACUUUUUUCAAAAAGAUUCAGAAGAAGUCUUUAAAGACUUUAUCACACAAAAUGGUGGGAAGAAUAUGUAUUUAAUAUGUGAUCCACCCUUUGGAGGUAGAGUUGAACCAAUUUCACAAACCUUUAAGACAAUCAGUGAUUUACAUAAAAAAUUAAAUAAGAUAACAGAUAGUAAAGACGAACUAAAAAUAAUGUUUAUGUUUCCAUACUUUAUGGAAGCCGUGAUGAAGGAAAAAUCAAACCCUUCAAAUGUUUGUGGUGGCUUGAAAGACUUACACAUGACUGAUUAUAAAGUAGAAUAUGAUAAUCAUCCACUAUUUGUUUCAAAAGUUAAUAAUCAACAACAGGGUUCUCAAGUUCGCAUAUUUACAAACAUACCUUUGAAUUUGGUCAAGCUACCUGAAUCAGAUGGAUACAAAUAUUGCAAAAGGUGUCAAAGAUGGGUAUCAUCAGAAAAUAAACAUUGUAAAAUUUGUCACAGCUGUACUUCAAAAGAUGGUCGUAGAUAUAGACAUUGCAAGAUAUGUCAGCGUUGUGUCAAACCUACAUGGCAACAUUGCAAAAAGUGUGAUAGAUGUUCAUUACCUAAUCAUAAAUGUGGGCAGAAACCAAAAAUUGGAAGUUGCUUCAAAUGUAAUGUAACAGGCCAUACACAAAGAGAAUGCUCUCAAAUUAAAUCCAAAAAGGAUAAAGCAAAAAAUUUCGAAAGCAAAAAAAGAAAAAAUACAACUACUGAUGAAAUUUUAGGAUCAAAUGCAAAACAACGAAAACUUAAAACUGCAAUCCAAAUUGAAAGUUUGACAAAAAUAUAUAAGAAAAAUAUUGGAUAUUUAAAAUAAAAACUCGAAUGGAAGUAGACCUAAAAUUGAAAAAGUUAUUCUACAAAAUAAUACAAAUAAUAACUAUGAACAAGUAAAAAAGUUAUCUGCUACUGAAAACUCACUGAACGCGAAGAUAAAUAUAAAUAAAAUCAGUAAGUUGAAUAAACGAAAUGUAAAUGUAAUUGUUAGGAAAAGAUAAUAAAAAAUGUAAUCAGUGCGUAUGUAAUAAUAUCAAAUACAUUUUUGAAUUUGACUUACUGUUAAGUUUGAAAUAUGAAAACUUACAAACAUGCAAAA